AUGAUGAUCUACAACCAGGCCUGUGAGCAUUGUCGGCAGAAGUUGAGACAGGGUCUCAACCAUGCCGCUACUUUCAACUCUCCCAUCAAAGAGAGGGCAAGAAGACGCCGCUCAUCAGCCACUUCAUCCUCCAGUACAUCUCAGUGCCAACGCCCAUGGCUAAAUGAAAGGGUGUUGAGAGCCUUCGACGAACCCUCGGUUCCAGAAAUGUUCCCUCAAUCCCAGCCAGAACAAGAUACAUACAAUACCCUCAAUCUGGACAUGUACGCAAACGUAUUUCAACCCUCUCCCGACGAGGCAUUCGACCAGAUGCUCCAAACUCUCGAAACCGAUAUCGAAAUUGAGAACCCGGGAAAUAUGCCCAUGUUCCUCGAUACGGCUGUCGGGUGCCCUAAUCUCACUUAUGGACCGGAUAUACUCUCGCCCCAGGCUAGGGCCCUGCUCCAUUGCUUCCCUGAGCUAGAUUCUAAUAUGGGUCCAUGGGCAUGUGUACCGGCUUAUGUAUCUGGUGGUGUAUCUGGUGGCGCCAUGGUGCCUGGUUUUUCUUCACCUUCUGUCCCCGUUCCACCGGCGCCGUCGCCUUUGAAUCUGGGGGCUCUCCGGGCCCCUGGCAUGGAUUAUUUACCUCAAUGUCCUGAUCCGCUGUUGUCGCUGGGUGGUGAUUGUUUGCAGAAUAUUGAUGCUGGGAAGGAGUCGGGUUCUUCCAGGUCUAGAACUCAGCAGACUGAUACGUUCACACAUUCUGUUUCUAAAAAUCGACCUUUUAAGAAGUUUCAAUUUGUUUUAGAGGAUAUUGGGGGACGGGUGCCGGUCAUUACGCAAUAG